AUGAAAAAACGAGAAAAUAAUAAAACGGAUUUCUUUUUUCUGGUCAUUUCCUCUCUCUCUCUCUCUCUCUCUCUCUCUCUCUCUCUCUCUCUCUCUCUCUCUCUCUCUCUCUCUGUAUUCAAUUCAAUGGAUGACCCCGAUGUCAGAUACACAAUUCAUGAAACCUUGUCAUCUUCUUCCUCCUCUUCGUCUCCGCCUCUUUCGUCCAACCCGCCUUUCGGUGGCAGCCGGGCCGGUAAGCGGGGCAGUCUAUGCUGCAGCUGCUGCAGCAAUACAGCAACGACAAACACGGCUACAAACACUAUCACCACAACGACGACGACAAGCAGCAGCGGCGGCAACACGGACACAUACGGACGAAGCACGGAGGAUAAACGGGAAGGCUCGGACAGUGACCAGACUAUACCGCUUCGCCCCCUUGAUGGGCAGAGCACUGGUACCAGCGUUGGCACCGUCGGAGGCGGUGCCGACCCGGAAACUAUCCACCAUGACAACGCCGAGGGAGACGACGAUGACGACGACGACGAUGUUGAGCUCGACGGGUUUGUCAAGAGCGGAGAUUCCGGUGAUGGAUCCUAUUACAAGGAAAGACCUCUGUCUCCUCCAACAUCCUCUUGCUCCUCCUCUUCCUCCUCUUCUUCCAGUUCUUCAUCUUCAACCUCAUCCUCUUCCUCCGAUGACGAUGAUGAUGACGACGACGAUGACGACUACAAAAUUGAAGACAUGGUGGACAAGGCGAUCGCGACAACGCCUCCUGAGGAAAGGGCAGCAUCGAUGUCAUCGGCUCUCGUUGUCAUCUCUUCCGACGAGGAGAAGAACGUCGUUCCGGUCAAUAACAACGGUGACACCGACGAUAGCGAGGAAACGGUGGCUGUCGCAGGAAGCAACACUAGCAUUAAAAAUACCGGACGAUCCUCUUCAGUAUUUCGCUGCUGUUGCUGCUGCCGAAAUGACAAACAAACCCAGCAGAGAAAGCGCAGACAGCUCCGACUCGAGCAGAAACGUCGACAAAAACAGCUGGAAGACGCAAACAAGGACAAGGGCAAAGGUAAAGAAAAGGAGAAAGAUAGGGAAAAGUCGUCUUGCUGCUGUAAACGAAAGAAAAACAAAGAAAAAGACAAAGCAAAGAAGAAAGACGACGACAAAGCCAAGUGCUGCAGCCGGUUCAUCCUCUGCUGCAAAAGCUUCCUCGCCUUCUUCUUCUCUAACAUCGGCCUUUGUUCGCUGGUCAUUGGCUACUCGAUACUAGGAGGAUUCAUUUUCCAACGCUUAGAGGCGCCGAAUGAAAAACACGAGAGAGGAACUGUAAGUCUGCACCGACAACGUCAUGUCGUCCGACUUUGGAAUUUAACGGAGGAACUGAACGUGCUGCACGAGGAGAACUGGUCGCGUAUCGCCGAUGAAGUGCUUCUGGACUUCCAAAAGGAGGUCUUCGUUGCCAUCAAGAAGCAAGGUUGGGAUGGAAAGGACGGGACGGCAGAACUACAGUGGUCAUUUGCAGGAGCUCUUCUCUAUUCGGUCACGGUGAUCACUACUAUAGGUAAGUAA